CCGAACGAGACCGCAGCAGAACUUUCAUGUCGCCCUCUGGUUAGACAUUAGAAAAAAUAUAUAUCCCUAUAUAUAUAUAUAUAUAUAUAUUCAUGUGCUACCAGCUGGCAGUGGCAGUUUUGAGUGCGGCGCGACGCGUCAAGUGAAAUCGAAUUAUAGAGAUAUGUAGUUUAGCCUAAAUUUAGCGGGUUUAUUCGCGACCUAACUCUGGCUGCGUUUGGUUUUGUGAACAGCUUCCCCGAAAUUGCAUUUGGCGAGCACCUUCCUUCUGGGACUUCCUUGCCUCCGAAAUUUGGAUCAAUUAAGAAACCAAUCAAGCAAAGCGAGAUAUCAACGAGCCGGCAGCUUCCCGAGGAGCAAAACGACAGAAGAUGACGACACCACAUUUGCUCAACAGGAAUGUCCGAUCUAUGCCCUCCUGGGUGACCGAGGCAAAUGACCGCAUUGGACCUAAGCCACCACCCACUCCUCCCAAUGGAGUGGGUGGCGGCUUGCCCAAGGCCCCCGCCCUACCGCCUAAGGCGAAGAGCACCCCUGAACCAGACUACGAGGUCAUAGAGUUCUCCAAUCAGCAGCAGUACUCCAACGAACCCCUGAAGACCACAGUGAUCCGGACUAAGACGCCAGACAACAAACUGAAGUGCACAUUGUGCGGUUCCCAGAAUCCCUGGGUGACUUGCUCCGAGUGCGCCGGCCAGAUCUUUUGUGCCUCCUGCGAUGACAUGUUCCACAAGCAUCCCAAGCGCAAGCAACACAUGCGAAAGGCCGUGGAGCAAGGCACACCACCCAUUCCCCCGAAGAUUUCAGCUGGUGGUGGGGCACCGCCUCCGGUGGCGCCACCGCGUCGCAGCAAACGCGGCCUGCUGACACCCUUCUUGGGCCGCAAGGAUCAGAUGCUGCCGCCGCCCUCACCGACGCCCUCCCACAAGUCGCUCGGCGGCUGGCGAGGAUCGCUCGGUGGCGGGGCCACCACGCCCCCCGUGCCAGUCACAUCCGCAUCCUCAUCGUCCUCGGCCCAGAUGAACAACAGACCGCUCCCAGAGCCACCGCGCAGCGAGGGUGGUGGUUCCUCCAGAUCGGGAACGCCCAAGUCCGUGUUCGACACCAUCCAGAGGCCGCCUUCGGUGCAGCUUGAGAAGAUCAAGAGUAAGGCCAGCGCCACACUGGAUCGCAUGGCCAUCCUGCAGCAAAGAUACCGCCAACAGAAGGCCCGACAGGAUCUCAGUGCCAACAGCGAACAGCAUCUGAAUGGAGCCGGGUUCGAGCACUGGUCAAACAUUUCACCAUCGCCCUCGCAUUUUCGUUCCGGCAGCAUGUCAUCUGGUUUGAACUCAUCCCAUUUCGAUCUCUCGGAUGACUCACACAACUUUCACAAUUCCCUGCUGCUCCAACAACGACAGGCAGCCGGCGCCCAGCGGCGACAGAUGAGCACCUCGGUGUUCAACCUGAACACACCACAACGUCGUCCCCUGGCGGAGGCACAGAAUGGAAGUGCCUGGCUGGCCAAUCAGCGCAUUCAACAGGCCCAAUCUUUGGCACAGCUCAAUUGCGCCGGCUGUCAGCAGAGCCAGCAGCAUCCUGGCUGGCCGCAGCAUCCGCAUCACCAUGCCCAGCACCAGCAUCCCGACGAAUGGUCCCAGUUCGGAUCCCAGCAGCAGUUUAACAACUCCAAUCUGUCCCUUAAUCUGGGACCUGGUUACUUGCCACAGCAGCAUCAUCCCCACUACCCGCCGCCAGUGUUCAUGACCCAGCGCGGCAUGAUGUAUCCUGGGGCGCCCGGCUAUCCUAUGAUGCAUCCAGGUGUCAUGGGAAUGCCUCCAUCCGCCGCCUCUAGAGCCGCCUCCCGAUCUCGUUACGCCGCCUCGCCCACGCCCAGCCGGAAGUCCAUGUCCCUGCGACGCAAGCGCAGUAGCUACGUGGAUGACGAACUGACAGACGAUGAGGACUCUGACCAGGACGAUCGGAGAUCACUUGUCUCGAACCGCUCGGGAAUGACCAGUGCCUCGCGCUCCCAGGCGCAUCAGCACCACCAACACCAUCAGACCCGACAGCGUCGUCUGUCCAGUGCCUCGCAGCUAAUCGCCAACGAUGAGCUGGAUGGAGAGUCGAGAGGGCAUGGAUCCAGGCAGCACAAGGUGCGGGAUCGGCGUGGAUCGGUGGCCAAGUCCGUUCAGAGUGAGUGGUUGCCGGAAAGGCGGGACUCCCAGGGCAGCAAUGGAGGGACCCUCACGAGAAGCAAACCUCCAGCCACGGACUCAGCACGCACCAGUCGCAUUUACUCCGACUUGGAAUCGGAGGGCUCCGGUGCCAGGGCCCUGGUUCAGGCCAAGAUUCAGCAGAAGCUUCAGGAAGCGGAUCAGCACAAAUCCACGAGAAAGGUUGAGCAGAAGCGCAAGCCCGAGAUGAAGGACGAGAAUACACAGGCAGCGGCGGUGGUGCCAAAGGUCGCGGUGCCAGUGGCUCUGGCGCAACAGGAGAGUGGCUCGGAAUAUGAGGAAGUGGUGGAAGAGGUCACCGCUUCGGAAAGUGAGCCCGAAGCCGAGGCAGCUCCAGAUGCAACCAAACCCGAGGAUGUCGUCCUCGAGACCGAAGAACUGGGUCCACCGCCCUCAACUCCUGAUCAUGAAUGGGAGUGCGAGUUCUGCACUUUUGUAAAUGAGCCCAAUAUCAAGAUAUGCUCCAUAUGCUGCAAGACGCCCAGCAAGCCACCGGUGCAGCCCAACAAGUCCAAAAAAGUGGAGGAGGAGAAGCCACAAGUUCAAGCUAAAACCGUACAGUCAAGCAAGGCCAAAGUGGCAACCAAGCCGGAGGUCACCGUUGUGCGAAAGUCCUCUUUGAAGGGCCAGAGACCCGUUCAAAAGGCCAGCACUGGAACAACCACAGCCACGCCUAAAGCACCCCAGGCCACAGCCACUCGCUCCAAUGGACCAUCAACUGUCGCCUCCAAGAACUCAUCGAGUAUUCCCGUCAAGACAAUCACGAAGCCCACUCUUAAGACCUCAUCAGAAAACGAAUCUGAUAACUCUAUGGCCAAGGGCUUUUUGCACAAAGAGUCCGUUGAAAACAUUUGGAAUACGCUGGAUGAGAGCAUUCAGGCGGAGGCGGAGAAGGUGCUCAAGCAGGCCCAGAAGGUAUCCACGGGCUGUGGCGGGACACCGCCCCGAGAAAUAGCAGAAAUGGGAACCUCGCCGCCACCUCAGAGCAUUUCCACACAAACCUACGACGCCCUGCCAUUCAGCUCGAAGCCGGAUGAGAUUCCAGCCGUUGUCCCAGAUCGCUUCAAGACCCCACCGGAGUCCAGUAAAAUGGAGAGACGUCCCCAUUAUCGCAGCAACUCACAGUUGGCGCAGGAGAACGACCGAUAUCGCAGUGCCAAUGAUUUGAGAUACCACGAUGGCUACGGUUUGGAUCCGUAUAGUGCUGGACUGGUCACCAGGCGACCAAAUUUCAUUAAUGAGCUUCGAAUGAUACAGCAUCAAGCAACCUCGCCAUUCGACCUGCCCCACGAGACGUUCGGGAUGAAGCACGAACCCGCCCGAGAUCCGGAAACCGAGAUGCACAUCAUACUGAAGGAACUGGAGCUGUACAAGUUCACGGUCGAGGAGCUGGAGGCUGCACUGAAGUACUGCUCCCCAGAUACACAUCCCAUUCAAUGGCUGCGUGAGAACUGGCUCAAACUAGUCCAGACCGUCCAGAGUCUGUCCACCAAGUAUGGUCAGGAGAGGGGUGAGAACACCAUCGGAACCGUGUCCCAGAAUGAGGCACGCGAGGCGCUCCGCAGCUCUGGCGGCAAUGUGUGGCAAGCAGUGGCUGACUGCAUUCAGCAGCGACAACAGAAGUACCGAAAGCUGGCAUCCAAGGGGAACUUUCUGCGGGAUGACAUCGUCAACGCGCUGACGGCGCACCAAGGUAAUGUGGAGCAGGCGCUGCUGGAGCUGAAUCGCACGCAACUCAAACCAUUUCUUAUGCGCAUUUGGGGCUCGCCGAAUGGCGUUGAGAAUGAAAGUGGUGCGGCCACCACAGACACCAAGUCGGAUAUCCAUGAUUUUUUGAACACACACGCCCUGGACUGCCUGCAGCCGCCGUUGGCCGGCGAAAGUCCCAGUCCUGCCCAAGCCAAUCCCUUUGACACGCCCCUCAAUGACGACAGUCCCGCCAAGUCCACCUAUGCCACUCCAAGUCCCUACCAAUUGGAGGAUAGCACCCUGAAGAAUCUGGAGAUUCUCAUUGGCAACAUGGAGCAGAACCAGGCCAAGCAGAACCAGGAAGUACUGCGAUCCAUCGAGAGCAUGCUGGAGACCUUCAAGGGCAAGCCGGAGUUGGAGUACGAAACGGAUCCGGAAGUGAUGAGGAUUCUGACGAAGAGCCCCAUCAGCACGCUGAAGCCAUCUGGGCAAGAGGAGGAUAGGUCCACCGAGGACGUUAAGAACUUUGUUUGGCAGCAUAUCCAAGACAUUGUGCCUAAUCUGGUGCAACAGGUCGAACAAGAGCUUAUGGAAAGGACAGAGCCUGUGACCGAAGAAGUGAAGACUGAGCCCAGCUUGGCUGAGUCCGAACCAAUGCCCAAGGCCGAACCAGAGCCAGAGCCACCUGCGGUUGAUCCUGAGGUCUACAUUAUGGAAGAGGUUAUCAAGCCCAACCUAAGGGAAGCUACCAUACGUGAAGAGGUACCAACUAGUUUUAUUUACGCCACGGAAAUAGCCAACUUUAAAUUGGAGUUCGAUCGUGGCACCGAGAGGUGGCACGAGACGGAAUGGGAAUUGGAUGAUCUAGAAGAUGCCGAACGCAUAGUCUUCAAAAGCUACAUGGCACCGAAAGAGGCCACGUCAGAAAAAGCAGAUGUAAAAUUAGAGACACCUGUGCCUUCACAAGAAACAACACAACAACCAGAACCCUCUUCGAAGCCAGAUGAGACUGAAAGAAUAGAGCCUGCAAAGGUUAAAAUGGCUUUGGCGGAGUCCCCAGCUGCAAGUAAACCAGUGAAUGAAACAAUUGAAGAACCAACAAAAGAAACUAAAAAAGAACCAACAAAAGAAAAUAAUUUUGAAAUGCAGUCAAAUGUAGCAGACUCUCAAGUUGAACUUGAUGACAAACCCAGCACAAGCCGAGAUGCUAACAGGAGAAAUAAGCGAUCGCAACAAUCGAAGAAAAUACGAUCCAGAGAAUCAAGUCAAAAACCUAUUAACCGAGUGAGGUUACCAAAAGAUGCUGACCCAAAACAAAACGAAAACAAAGAAAUACAAAAGGAAAGCAUUUCAAAGGACGAAGUAAUUUCUGUUGUUAAAGAGUCAUCUAAUGUUCAGCCAUUUGAAGAUACAACCGAUGAAAGCUUAAUUUCUACCCAACAAGCAACAUCCGACAAAAUCAAAUCUGAAUCUGAAGUCAAUAUAAAUGCAGGUGAACAGAACAAUAUUUCUCAUACAUUAGAUGUUGGAGAAACCGAGAAUGUUAUAGCAAAAGAACAAACACAGAUCACUCUAGAAGUUGCUGAAGUAGUGCCUCCAACACCAAUUAAAGAUACUCAAGAACCUAAGGCAGAUGACGACAUUAAGGCGGUAAAUGAAACCGAAGAACAUUCAAUGACAGAAUUGGUUCCUUCUCCCAACCAAUUAGUAGUCGCUGAAGAUAAAUCUGAAAGUGUUUCAGCAAGUGAAAUUCAAGUUGAAGAUAUUCCUGUUCCCAUUCUCCCCACAAAUGAGCAAGAAUCUUCGCCUAUAACCGCAAAUAAUGAAGUAGUGCCUACUACAACUUUAAUAAAUACCGAUCACAAACGCAGCCCAAAACGGUUCUCAAAGAUUCCAGUGAGAACCCUUAGCAGCAGUAGUCUUCGCAGUGAGAGCAGAGCCGGCAAUCGAACACCUCCAGCAAUUGAUGAGCCGGAAAAAGAGGAUACAGUAACCGAUAAACUAGAAAAUGAGCAGCCAGCAACCGAUGAACAAGAAAAAGAGAAGACAGCCGAAGAAGGUGGAGAAAUCGUAGACCAAUCUUUAGAAAAAUCAUUAGCUGACCAGAAAGAAGCAUCCUCAGUAAAUGAGGAGGAGAAGGUUUCUGUAGCCACCGAAGAGGAAGCUGCACAGCCGGCAGCCCAACAAAUAAACGAAGAGAAGGAGGAAGUUCCUAUCCCUGCCAUAACAGCGAUUGCUGUUAGUCCCGCUGACUCUGACGAAGUUUUUGAAGAUGCUACCGAGUUUAGUGGCAGCGAUGGAACCAGACCCCACGAUGAAACCGCAUCCGAUACUGAACUAUAUAGCCUGGACAGCGAUGAGCCCCGAGUGGAGACCAAGUCCCCGGAGAGCGAAGUAAUUCUUGUGCUGGAUGAGGAGUCUGUGCUGGAAUCCUCAAUAGCUAAAUCCAGCAGCAAUGCAAGUCUGGGUUCGCAGUCAAGUCAAUCCGAAACGUCCAAGGUUGUCCUCAAGGAAUUUGUUCCCUCCGGCGAUCCCGCCAAACAGAACCUAAGCGAACUGGUCGAAGACACCCAGCGGCUGAUCAAACAAAUGCGCGAUGAGAUCAGUAUGGAUGAGUUCGAAUCCACCGACGAGGAUGAGUACUCCGACGAGUACUCAGACGAAUACGACGAUGGAGAGGAGGAGGAGUGGUAUGACAGCGAGGGCGAAGAGGAAGGCGACUAUGAGGGCGAAGAUGGCAAUACUUACAACGAAAAUGCAUCCUUCAUUGAGGAGGCAUCCACCGGUGACGAGGGCACCGAAAUCGAGGACAUCAUGGAGGAGGACGAAGACCAGGCGGAUGAAGAGGAGUUACAGCUCACACAACCCGCACCAGUCCAUGAAACAGUCACCUCACCUGCUCUAUCAGUCACGCCCACAAACCCUGAAGCUGAUCCGGCCCCAGAGACUGAGGUUGUUUCCUCCGCAGGAAGGAGUGUGGCGAUAGAAUCGCAGUCCCCGCAAGUCCAGUUGCCAGAGCCUACAGUUCAAGAAGUUGUGGAAAUAGAGGCUCUGCCAAUAGAGCCUCCUCCCAUCAUAGCAGAUUCGGAGAGUCGACCCCCAGAAGUACCAACGGAAAUUGUCUUGGAUAUCCCUCCAGAGAUUGAAUCUCCCAAUGAAGUUGAUUCAGAGCCUGUUGUGGAACCCAUCGCCCUGCCCAUAACACCCUCACCACCCAUUGUCGACUCCGAGUCGCGACCUGUGGAGCCACCCGUCGAGACAGUGCUGGAAGAACCCAAAAAGGUAACCACGCCCGUGAAAGCCAAGACAGUUAACAAACCAACAGCCACACCUGAUGGAUCUGUCAAAGCCACCAAGACUCCCGCCACAUUAAGCACACCCAAGACAACAAAGUCCACAGUCAGUAAGAUACCCAAGCCCACAAAUGAACCCACCAACAGUACGAGUGGCACACCCCCGAACAAGAAGGUUCCACUGCGCUCCAAGUCCUUCUCUGCGCCUAUGGGAAUCUCGUCCGUGAAACGAAUCCAGCAGGAGUACCUACAGAAGCAGAGCUCGACGAGUGCGGCCAGUCGAGUCCCCUUGAAGAGCACUCCAACGACCAAAAAAUCCAUCAGCGAUGCCAUCACCAGAUUCAACUCGAACACCGCCGCUUUGGGGGAUGGACCCAGCACCAGCGGAGUUGCUGCAGCCGCUGCAGCUGCGCUACUGAAACCCCGUUCCCAGCCCCGGAUACCAAAGAAGAAGUACCACGAGACCUGCUUCUCCGACGACGAUUACGAGACCUCGGCCACGGAGGAGGAGCAGGAGGACCUGUCCCUGGCCGAGCCACUCAGAGCAGAACUGCUAAAGCGUAAGCUGAGUAUGCCCGUCUUCCGGGCGUAUCCUAGUGUCCAAGAGCCGGUUAUCGAGGACCCAGCGGUGCUGGCCCGCAAAUACGUGGAGCAGGAGCUGGUGACAAAUAUUGCUGAGGCCCAGAUAGCCGCCACCUUGGUGAACAUGAAGUUCCAAGAGGACGUGGCCUUGUGGGCAGCCAGGGAGUGUUCCGAUCUGGACCAGGCCAUUGCCAUGCUACAGCAGGAGUGCGAGCUGUGCAUGAGCUCCUACCCGAUGAACCAGAUUGUGUCCAUGCUAAAGUGUACCCACAAGUGCUGCAAACAGUGCGCAAAGGGCUACUUUACCGUGCAGAUUACCGAUCGCAGUAUCAACGACUGCAGCUGCCCCUUCUGCAAGCUGCCAGAGCUGAGUAAUGAAGCCCAGCACGAAGAUGAGCACCUGGAGUACUUCUCCAACCUGGACAUCUUCCUCAAAAGUAUACUCGAUGUCGAUGUGCACGAGCUCUUCCAGCGCAAGCUGCGUGACCGCACUCUGCUGCAGGAUCCCAACUUCAAGUGGUGCAUCCAGUGCUCCUCGGGUUUCUUUGCUCGACCCAAGCAGAAGCGUCUCAUCUGUCCCGACUGCGGUUCGGUGACCUGUGCCCAGUGCCGCAAGCCGUGGGAGCGGCAGCACGAGGGUAGCAGCUGUGAGGCCUAUCUGGAGUGGAAGCGUGAAAACGAUCCCGAGCUGCAGGCCCAGGGUGUCCAGGAGCACUUGGCCCAGAACGGCAUCGAUUGCCCCAAGUGCAAGUUCCGCUACUCACUGGCCAGAGGAGGCUGCAUGCAUUUCACCUGUACCCAGUGCAAGUUUGAGUUCUGCUACGGCUGUGCUCGACCCUUCAUGAUGGGGGCCAAGUGCACGGUGUCCGCGUACUGUGCCAAACUUGGCCUACAUGCCCAUCAUCCUCGUAACUGCCUGUUCUAUCUGCGCGACAAGAUCCCCCUGCAGCUUCAGUUCCUGCUCAAGGAGCAAAAGGUACAGUUCGACACGGAGCCACUGCAGAUAAAGGACGAGUCCAGCAGCUCGUCGCAAGCUAGAGCUCUGGCCCGCUGCCCCAUUCCCCUGCAGAAGGAGACGCCACAGGGACUGGUGGACACUGUGUGCAACACCGAGGUGCCCGACAAGCAUGCCGGCAUGUGUCGCACCCACUACGUUGAGUAUUUGGCCAGCAAGGUGGCUAAGGCUGGCAUCGAUCCCCUGCCCAUUUUCGAUCUGACAGACUGCGUCCAAGAGCUGCGAAGGCGUGGCAUCGCCCUGCCGGAACGCGGACCCUGGGACACCGACGAGAUCUACAAGAACAUGUGCUCCGAGGUAAUCAAACAGCAUAUUCCACUGAAAUCGGCAUGAAUAGCAGAAAUCGCCGGAGUAGAAGGUGAUAUCGUGGAAGCGGUUGACGUAGAAUGCUGCUGCAAUUCUUCACAAAUUUUUAAUGAUUUAUGGCAGCACUUUUAUAGACAUUUUUGUACACACACACAACUGGAUUAGACAGCUCCUUAGGCAUUAGGCACACACAUCACCUGCAACACCUACUCAUCUAACCAGCCAGCCAGCUUUGUUUAGUUACUAAGCGAUUGGGGAAAAACAGAACCAAGAUCCGCACGUGGAAGUGCAUCAAAUAAAUCGAAUAUUUCCGAAUCCA